AUGUCGCCCAUCUUGGACCUUAGUGACGUCUUGUUCAAUCCCGAUGCAGGAACAGUAACUGUAGAUAUCGUCUUUGUCCAUGGUCUGAACGGCGAUCGCAUCGAGACAUGGACUUCUGCGGCUACUGACGAGGAACCUGAGAAAACCACUUGGCCAAAGGAUCUACUUCCCAAAGCAUGCCCAACCGCUCGAAUCCUCCAACUUGCGCCUCAAGACCGAGACGCUGAUGAUAGACCAAUUAUCUAUGUCGCCCAUAGUCUAGGAGGUCUCGUCGUUGCCAACGCGCUCUCAAAACCGCAUGGCAUCGACGAAGCAGCAGGGAAAUUGAACGCCAACACCGUCGGCGUGAUAUUCAUGGGCACUCCCUUCGAAGGCUCAUCGAUUGCCAAGUGGGGCUCUCUGGGCCUGAGGCUCUGGUCGCUCGUCAGCAAAACGGAGAAAGCGACCGUCAAAGAUCUGGAGAAGCGUAGCUCGCGGCUGGCGACGAUCAACGAAAACAUGGCCAAGUACAUCCAGACGCGAGACAGGGACCAUUCACGGCGCCCGCUUGAUGUAGUGUGCUGUUUCGAGGAGCGACCGACGCACAUGGGCCCGAAGAAAGAAAAGGUUGUGGACAAGGAAUCUGCUACAUUGUGGUUGGGAGCCAAGGUUCUUUCCGUCCGUGCAACCCAUUCCGCCAUGGUCAAAUAUACCGACGAAUCAGAUAGCACAUACAUAACGAUAUCGGGCAUCUUGUCUCAGUGGAUCAAGAAUCUCGUGGAGAAGGGUGACACGGUCAAGGAAGAAGAUCCUCCUCAUAUCAGCUUGGGGGACGUCCAUUUCGACCGUAUUGAUCAAAACUUCGGUGCGAUUGCGGGCAAUGUGAUGGCUACCAAAGAGCACGGCAUCGUAAUGAAUGGCGCGAUGGACUGCUUUAAAGCUUACUAUCGGGAUUGGUUGGGCUGGAUGUACUCCCAGCACGAAGGCAAUCGAAUAUUCCUGAACCAAACAUCCUCUUCGGACUACAUUCCAUACUCAUCUAAUCUUAUCGCGGCGUAA